AUGGAGAAGGAGACGAAUCAAAAAAUUAAAUUUAGUAUUUUUAAGUUGAACGAGGAGUAUAAAAUGUUUAUGAAGAACGUUAAGAAUCGUAAGGCGUUGUUUUUCGCGCAGAUUUUCGUAUCGUUGAUCGCUAUUUUUCUUGGACAGUUGUUCACGUUGGUCGAAUAUUCAAAUCUUAUUGGAAAAAUCGGGUCUUUGUCUUCGUCUCUGUUCGGGGGGGCUGGAGUUAUAGUUACGAUUUUUACUGCUUAUUUUAAUUACACUUCGGAGAAGUAUCUUGAGGGGGCUAGUGAGACUAAGAUUGAAGACAAAACUUUUAAGUUGAUGCAUUUACAUAUAGAGGAAGAGUUACUUGGGAUUUUUUCUGCUACAUAUAAAGAUGAAGAUCAAAAAGAUAAAAAAGGUCAAGAAGAUAAAAAACUCCUGAGUUUUUAUAUUUCCAAGCUGAGAUUGUUAAAUAGUAUUUUUUAUAAAGAAAGGAUGGUGGACAUAAUAUUUGCUGUUUUAUUUUUCUUGUUUAUUUUAUCGAUUUCUAUUUUUUUAUCGUUGAUAUAUCAAGAUACUGGAGAGACUUAUGUGGGUAAGAACGCUGAGAGGGCGUUGAGGCAUGCUUUGAUGUAUUUGGGAGAAAUAUGGUUUGGAUUGAUCAUUCUUUCCAAAUCGUUGGAUGUUUAUGAUAAUUUGAAGAUCCUUACUUUUAGGAGAUCUAGCAUUAAAGUUGCAAAUAUUUUUAUUGAAUUGUUCAAAAUUUUUUUCUGGAUUGUGAAUAUUUUUACCUUGAUGGCGAUUUAUUAUCUGAUUAUAGGAAGGAUUAAAAUGAAUAAGUAUCGGUAUCGUUAUCAUUUGUUUCGUAUGGUUCGUUUAAAAUUGUAUCCAGCUGAGAUUCUUAACAUAGAAUUGAUUUUGAAUGGGAUCAAACCUAUAGUUUAUGAUAAAGAUGAUAAAAGACCAGAAAGAGAAAUGUAUGAAUAUAUCAAAUAUGAUGAGGAUAAAGUGUUUAAACGGUUUUUGGAGGAAAUUUCAGUAAAUGAGAAGCAUGCUUGA